AUGGCAUCGAGUGAUGUGUGGUGGAUGAGGCCUGUUGCAACUGCUGCGACGACUCAUACUGCUGGUGUUGGUACCGAUGCUGUUGCUGCUGCUGCUGCUGCUGAUGAUGAUGAUGACUCAAUAAUGGAACGAAAGGGACACUCACAGUUCCCACCCAAGAUACGUCCAGAAUACAACUUUUCAGUUAUGCUCCUUAUGAAGGAAACACUGAAAGUGGAAGGAAAGGAGGAGGAGAAGGAGUUGCCUCAGUUCUCUCUCUACCUGCAUCUCUCACAUUCUUCGCUCUCCCCACCUCCGAGGUUCGUGUUGGAAUGGGUGUAG